AUGCGUGUCAUAUGCUUUUUGACUGAUACAUUUGCUUCAAACCCUAACCCUAAAUCCAAUGGUAUGAAUUCAUCAAAAAAGCCAUGUGAACCAAUCAGAUUUGAAUGCGAUUUGUGUUCAUUAAAACGGGUCGCUUGCACCAACCAGACCCGAAUUUUAUUCCAGUUGAUUAAACGAAAUUCGGUCGAUGAUGCAAACAUCUUCUUCACUCGUCAAAUACGGAUAGGCACAUCCGUGUCGACGGCGCCAGCAAUCCGCAAAGACACAUCUCUAGAGCCGUCGUUGGUAUCUUCACAGCCCCGUUUUGAAACUUUAAAUUCCUCUUUCAUAGCCUUAAACUCCUCUUUCAUAGCCUUAAACUCCUCUUUCAUAGCCUUAAACUCCUCUUUCAUAGCCUUAAAUUCUUCGACAGCUUUAAACUCCUAUUUGGCACCUUUCAAUUCGUCUUUGGAAGAUUCACAAGCCGAUUUGAUAUCUUCACAAACCCCAUUUCCAUAUGUAGAAUCCCUUUUUGUACCUUCAAAUUCCUCUUUUAAAUCUCCAGAUAGUGCGCCUGCACGCUCUUACAAUACGUCCAUGGCCAGUAUUUCCACACAUUGGAAAGUAAUCGACUUUCUGGGCGUCAAUCGCAAGAUAUGCCUGAAUAAAAUUAUGAUAGCUUGCGCCUCUUCUGGAACCAGUGUUCUACUGGUUAUCAGUUACCAAAUGUUCCAAAAAUGGCUCCACGAGCCUCGUCCAAAAAAACACAAACCUCCCCCAAUUGAAUCGAAAUUGGAGGCCGAAGUUGCGUCAGAGUCUGCCGAGCUCUGUGCGAAUCAAUAUUUCUCGGCGGCCGAUAUACGUCGGGUAACUCUUGGUGCAGUAACCGAUAGCGUGCUCGAACUGUGUAUCAAGCUGAAAACGCCAAAAUUCUUCAUGCUCUUCAAAUCGCUGGAUUACCAGGACGUUUUUUUAUCCAAGAUCUUGGGCGACGGUCUGCAAGAAGAAAAUAAAGGCUCUUCCGCAAAGUUGGAUUUUAUGGCAGCAAUUUUGCUGUUCAGCUUGAUGUACAGUGAAGUGCACUACAGACGCUUUUAUUUCCAAAGCGAGCGGAUGCCAUCAUGCAGCAUCAUCUUUAUGCCGUCCUCAAAUUAUGCGCUCAGCAAGUUUAUCCUUCGAAAUCUGUCAAGGUCGGACGUUUCCAUUGUAGGGUUGGAUUUUUUAUCCCGCUGCUUUGAAAAUGAACGCAUCCCACCGGCAAAGGCCGAUGCCAUGAAGUCGAGAUUUGUGCAAUUAAUGUCAGAUGUGGAUGUUUGUGCCAAAGUGUCCACAUUGGGGUAUCUUUGCUUCGUCUAUUUGCAUUUGUUUUCCGUGCAACUGGGCAAACUUGCCAAUGUUGACCAGCACGUUGAGCUAUUUAAAAACGCGGAUCUUUUCAGCCUGGUGUGUGAUGCCCGCGAGUUUCCGUUGCCAUACAAGCUGGACAUCAUUGAUGCCUUUUGGCCGCUGCUGCCACACUGCGAAGGCAAGCUAUUGCCGUAUUUAUACGGGCGUUCCAGAGCAGAAAAUGUUUCCUGCUCCAAACUAUUCAAGUCCCUGAUGAAUAUGAUUCCCAACAAGGCAACCCUUCUAUUGGCGCUAUCGCUGGAUGGCUUUAAUGAAUGGAUUUGCGGCCUGUUAGUUGAUGUCCCCGAUUUGAGGGACACACAUGCGGCAACGAGCGAUGCCGAAAGCAACGAGUACAUUGUGUUCUACAUCGGCUUUCUUAGCAACUUUUUUGAAAAGGCCAACAUGCUCAUUAUUGGCGAAGAGCAAUGUACACGGCUGACAGCGAUCGUUCCGGCCACCGCAGGCCAGCAAAUAUUGGCGUGGUUUUCGAAAAUCACAGCCAUGAUGCGAAGGGGGUCGACCCUUGAUGCAACGUUUGCAGAGGCUCUGAUGUUCCCCUUUUUAACCAGCCUUUGCGGACACGUAGCUCUUCACUUGAAACUGUGUAACUUAUACGACUCCAUGUGUGUUGCUGACUUGAAAACGUCGGUGUUAUCUGCGCUACAGGCCAUCAUCAACGCACAAGCAACGGACGCCUGUGAUACGACGGCGCGCAGCGGAGAGCCCAAUUUUCUUGAAAAAGAAUGCAAAGCUCUUUUCAACCUGCUCUCAUUGCAUCUAAAUUAG